GAGCCACACAAGCGUCUCCUCCUCCGCGCGCGCCUCCGCCUCAUCUCCUCCACCGCGCGCUCGCCUCGCCUCGCCAGCGCCAGCGCCACCAUUCCCGAGACGCAGGACAGCGCGAGCACCCGCAGCAGCAGGAGCACCCUACCUUCAGCUUGAUAGCCCAGCUGCCAUGGCGCUCGCCCACCAGCUGGUCGCCAACCGGCCGCUGCUCCCCUCCCAGGCGCCGCGCGUCGGCGCGAGGGCCAGCGCGCGGCCGCCGCUCCUUGGCCGGGACUGGGCGCUGCUGCGGUGGCAAGGCACGCGCGCCGCCGCGGAGAGGAGGACGCUCGCCGUCGCCCGGGCGUCGGCGUCGUCGUCGUCGUCCUCCUCCUCCUCGCAGACGGAGGCCAAGUCGGAGGGCGGCGAGGCGGCGACGGCGGCGGCGGAGGGGGAGGAGCAGCCGUACGAGGAGUACGAGGUCGAGAUCCUGAAGCCGUACGGGCUCAAGUUCGCCAAGGGCCGCGACGGGGGCACCUACGUCGAGGCCAUCCUCCCCGGCGCCUUCGCCGACCAGACCGGCAAGUUCACCGUCGGCGACAAGGUCCUCGCCACCAGCGCUGUAUUCGGGGAGGAAAUCUGGCCGGCGGCGGGGUACGGCCAGACCAUGUAUUGCAUCCGUCAGAGGGUUGGCCCCCUCUACAUGAAGAUGGAGAAGAGAUAUGGGAAAUGGGAUGGUGCUGCUGAGCUCAGUGAGAAGGAGAUCAUCAGGGCUGAGAGGAACUCUGGGGUGAUCAGCAACAGGGUGAGAGAGAUCCAGCUGCAAAAUUACCAGAGGAAGAUGGAGCAGAAGAUGCAGAGGGAAGAGGAUCUUCGCAUGGGGCUGAGGCUGUACAAGGAUGGAAAAUAUGAGGAAGCAUUGGAGAAGUUCGAGUCAGUUUUGGGAUCAAAACCUGAGAGCAAUGAGUCUUCCAUAGCCAGCUACAAUGUUGCCUGCUGUUACUCGAAGCUCGACCGGAUACAAGCUGGCCUAUCUGCGCUGGAAGAUGCUCUGAAAGCAGGCUAUGAAGACUUCAAGAGGAUUCGCGCCGACCCAGAUCUAGAGAACUUGAGGAAAACUGAGGAAUUCAACACCCUGAUGAACAAGUACGAUGAAUCAUUCAUCAAUGAGAAUGCUAUCAAUGCCAUCAAAUCCUUAUUUGGGUUCAACAAGAAAUGAGCAGCUGAACUGGCCAUGGUGGUAGGAGACACUGCAUAAUUUUCUCCAGUUGCAAUUGCACACUUCUGGAGCCUGCUACUGCUAGGCUAUAGCACUUGGCAAACACAGUUCAGAUUUUUCUUUUUCUCCCUGCCGCUAUUAGCUCACACCAGUAGUUUAGCUAUUCUUAGUGAGAUCCUACAGGAAAGGUUUCAGUCUUCCCUCUUGCUGUAAACCAUUCGAUGGAGAUAACACUUUGUAAAUUCAAGUAACCAAAUGUAAAGGAAAUAUAUUAUGAUUAUGCUCCUAAGUUUAUCUCAAAUAUGUU